GUAGAGAAAUUGAAUUUUGUCCGAUGUUUACUUUAACUGGUAUGGAUCAUACAAGCCAAUCCAUUUGCACACAUACAAUACUUGCUCAACUAAUAGCUGGUGAUGUUGCUCACUCGCAUAGCAUUUAUCAAUUUAUGGUAUUUCAAAUAUGGUAUUUCAAAGUAUGUCAUCCAAAAAAUUCAACUUGGAUUUAUAGAAACGUUACUGGGAUUACCUAA